AUGUCAGGAAAAAUGAGAAACAAGAAACGCAGACUGGCUGGUUCAACAGACAUACCUUGUGAGUCAACUGAAAAUAAAAUUUCACAUUCCAGAGUCCUUCGUAGUUCUGGUAAAUUGAUACCUUUCCCAAGCCAUGCUGUGGUUACAACUGAACCACUAACUCCCACUUUAUCUGGGGCACUGUCACCUGAAAUGAGCUGCACUUUAGGAGUCAGUUAUUUGGUUAACACAGGAAAGAAAAAAAAGUCUAACAUGGCAGAAAGGGCUGGCAAUUCUUCUUCUGAUCUAAUUCAUUGUUCUCCGCCAUCUUGUGAUGGACAACUAUUGGAUACCAUAAAUUCUGAAACUUCACGUGAAGCCAUGGUGCUACUUACAUCAGAGAACUCUUUCACACCGGAGACACUCAACCAAGCUCUAAUCUUUGCCUGCAGACAAGGACAUAAACAACUUGUUCAGACACUUGUCCGGGCUGGGGCAAACAUUGAACACAGGGAUGAACAUGGAAACAGGCCCUUGUUGAUUUGUGCUGAAAUUGGUUUCACGAACAUUGUCCAGUUUUUAGUUUCUAGACAUGCAAAUGUCAACGCUGUGAAUUCUGUAGGUAACACAGCCUUGAUUCUCUCUGUACGUUCAGCGGGGUCUACCGACUUGACCAGGUUUCUUUUGGAACAACAAGAUGUUGUCAUCCAUCAUGAGAACCAAAACGGACACACAGCUCUCACCAGGGCAGCCCACUUCAUGGAUGUGGAUACAUUGAAACUGAUAUUAGAGAAAAGCAUUAGUAAUACUUUCCAGAAAUGUGGCAAAAUUAAAAUCAAACAAAAAAUAGAUUUCAGCUUCUUAAGUAGCAGAUCUCAGGAAAUUAUAGAACAGUUUGCAGUUGAAAGAACUGGAUUCAGAUCCAUGUAUGGAAUUCUUCAAGAUCAUUUAACUAAUCAGACCUCACUGCUAGAACUCGCUAUUAAGGCUGGUGAUAAAAAAUCUUUUGAUAUUUUUGUUGAUUGUCAGUUUUCCUCUAUGGAAGAGAAGAAAAGAUUAAUUGAUAGCGCCUUGAAGUAUGUGUUUAAAAACCAUCAACAUAAAAGUGGAGAAAGAUUUAGUUCAACUGAUGUUCAAAUCAUUCAGAAAUUACUGCAGUAUGAGGCCGAUGUCAAUCCACAUAAUGGACCAAGACUGAUUUAUGUUGCCGCAGAGUCAGGAGAUCUGCAGUUGGUUGAGCUGCUGUGCACACAUGGUGCCGAUCUGAAAACUUACUACCCAAGCUAUCAAGAUCCAGUGUGUAUAGCGGCAGAAAAUGGUCGCCGAGAUCUCAUUGAACUUUUGCUUAAAUAUAAAGCUAAUCUGAGCUCCUAUGGUUUUGUUAACUCAGCACUUGACUGUGCUCUCAAAAAUGAUCACACUGAGUGUGCCAGUCUGCUAAUCCAGAGUGGGGCUAGAAUGAAUGUUAGAGAGGCUUUGACCUCUGCAGUAAACAAACAGAGGCCAAAAUACCUUCUCUUCCUUUUUAAGAAUUACAGCGAAGUUAUGGAUUAUUUUUCACAAAAAGAUACAGAAGCUAUGGAGUUGCUACCGUUGGCGGCCAAGGUAGGUAACUGUGAAAUCAUUGGUAAGAUUUUGGAUGCUGGUGUUGAUGUCAAUGAUGCAGACUCAUCUGGAUACACACCAUUAAUGAUGUCAAAAAACGGAGAAGUUGCCGAGUUUCUUAUCCAGAGAGGAGCUGAUGUCAACAGAGAAACAGCAGACAGGAAAAGCAUUGAGACAGCAUUGAGUCACGUGAUUAACCAUAGAGAACUUGUUGAUGCAUCUACAGUUGAGGUGUGUAAAGUUUUGAUAGACAACGGAGCUGCAGUCAACCGUAGAAGUAGAGAAGGUAAAACACCUUUAAUGGUGGCAGCUUCUCUAAAAGAUUGUGUGAGCUGUCUACAAAUGUUGUUAGAGAAUGGCGCAGAUAUUAACGACAGUGAUCACAAAGGCAAUACUGUCCUCAUGAAUGCUGUCAUGAGCCAGAAUUAUAAGAAUGUGACUUGUUUGAUAGACUCCACUAGAGACAAGAAAGGUCUCAUCAACACUCAGAACAAUGAAGGAUUAACACCUCUUAUACUUUCUGUCCAGAAAAAUAAUGUUCUAUGUGUGAAAGAGCUGAUAGGAAAGGGUGCUGAUGUAAAUAUGAAGGAUAAGGCAGAAAAUACAGCCUUGCAUCAUCUACUGAUUACCUGUCCAUGGAAAAGAGAAGAGAUCUUAACUUCUUUACUGGAAGCUGGGAGCCAUGUCAACUGUCAGAACAAUUGUGGCUUGUCUCCCUUAAUGCUGGCUGCUAAGAAGACUAAGCCCUCUGUGGUGUUAUUGUUGCUGGAUGCUGGGGCCGAUGUCAACUCUGUCAGUAAGAGAGACACAUCAGAAACAGCACUUUCAUUUCUGCUAGACUUUAAUUACAAAGUAGUAUUAAUCAUUGAAACAUUAAUGAAUAGGGGUGCCAAUUGUUCUUAUCUCAGGGUUGAAUGUUUUCACGAAUUAAUCAUUGCUAAUCAAACUAAUUUGAUCCCUAAGCUUAUCCAGCAUGGAUUGGGACCUGCAAACAUUGAGGUAUACAAAACAGCUUCUAGUGUCCGGACCUUUUGUUGCCAGCCAUUGGUGACACCGCUCCUUGUUGCAUUGUUGCUUGGUCAUGUUUAUCUUGCCCGAUAUUUUGUGGAUAUUUUAUUUUUGACAAGCUCUGACAUGUCCAUGUUUGCAUCUAACAAGGCCAUAGCGAAUUUGCUUCAAAAACUUAGUCUAAUUGAGUCAUUGAGCUUCCUUCAAGAACUAUGCUCCCAGCCCAUGUCCCUGGUCAAGCUGUGCCUGGUCGUGAUAUCCACAGCUGUAGGGUCAUCCCCUGGACGUGAUACAAGAGUGGAUUCACUUCCACUGCCUCAAAUGAUGAAAGACAGACUUCUGUUUAAGGCUGUGGCUGUUGAAGAUACUGCGCUAGGAGAAAUACUCUCAGAGUCUAACAAUCUGACUGAGGCUGAUUCAGAGGAUGAUUAUUAUUAUCAGGGUGAUGAUUCUUAUCUUUAUGAUCAUCACGAUCACUAUGAGUCGACCCCCUCAGAUUCCAGUGAUGAAAGUGACUAG